AUGUUUGGGGAUUUGGAGUGGCUGCUCUCCAGUGCUCGAGAACCGUACCUACUUUUGGCGUCCUUGGCUGCUGUCGCUGUCUUGAGCCUCGCUGUUUUUUCAGCAUUGGUUGUUUUGAAGGCUUACAGUCAAGUGCGAGGAUUUGAUGGUCCGCAGUGUCACUGGCUCAAGGGACAUCUUGAUCAGGUGAUGUGUAAACGAGCAACAUUUACGUAUUUUAAUAAUCAUAGUUUCCAGCCUGGCAUGUCGACUAUAUGAUGUCUUGAUCAUUUGUCUCCACAAGCGUUAAAUACGUGUGCGUACUUAACCCGAAUCAUAGAACAACGCAAACAAGGUCCGUCCUCGGUUAGAGGGGCACAUGGUUAGAAUUCGAAACAUUGAAUUCGUGGUAAACAUUAAGAUAUUAUAAUAAGUUCAUGGAUAUACUGUUUAACUAAUAAGUGUCGCACAAGCUCAUUUAUUUGAAACAAUCCAUGCUUAAACGAAGAGAUUGCGAAUUGUUCCAUUAUUCUGCCUGCACAGGAAAUGCACCUAAUGAAGCAUGUGCACCAGCAUAAGUCCGCUUCCGUUUAGAUCAAUCAGUACUUUGAAAGCACAUGUGCAGUUACCUUUUCCGUUCGUGCACUCGCAUGCCACACAGACUCUUCGCCACCGCCGUAAUUUCUUAAUUGCUCGCGCGUGUACGAGUAGCCGACUGAUUAUUGAUGGCUUUCGAAUUGUUAGGAAGACAGAAGAAAUGAAAGACAGAAAAAUAAGUUAAAAACGCAAGAUACUGGUAAAGUUACAGUUUAUAUAAAUUUGGAUAAUAGAAGAGUCAGAAAAUGUUCUUAUUUUUGUUGUGUUAUUUUGUGUAUUUUUUAAUUUCUUGUUAUUGGAUUUUUUUCAGUAUGUACGUGCGGGUGUUAAGAGGUUAAUUGCAACCAGGAAAAAAACUGAAAAUAAUACAAAACAAAUUACCAAAAAAACAAGCAGAUAUUUCUGUUAUCUCUUCCUUUCAUCCUCGGGAAGUUUUAGGUCAAUUUUCAGCAUUAUUUAUCUGUCACAUUUUUGACCUUUGGCCACGUUUCCUGUUGAUUACUUUGUCCACGUUUCCCAUUCGAAUAAAAACGUUUCUCAGAGGUGAAAGCGCGGGGGAGGGGGAGGGGGAGGACUCCACAUACCUUACCCUUAACAGAAAAUACGCUUUCUGUACAGUUUGUAUUAAAAUACCCAAAACUUAUGAAUAAAUCACUAAAACAAAAAGGCGCCUUUUCUUAUAAAUAAUUAAAAUUCAUACGGCCAUAACUUGCGUCUGAGUGGAAAUAUUGUAAUUAAAGGCCUCUUAAAUACCAGCGCUUAUCCCUUUCAUACACUCAACUUCUAGCCUUACCAGAAGCAUCUGCAUAAACUUUCCCCUUUCGGGUGGAGCCUCCCUGCAUAGGAUAUCAGAAAGAGUAGUCCCCUCGAGGAUGAAGGAAGUGCUGAAAAUGCUGAAAUCGACUGAAACGACAAGCAAAACAUUUACAUUUUCGCUGAUACUGACGCAGAAAAACUUUAGCACUUAUAAAAAUCCCGACGUGCGACGUCAUCUAUUUCUAAUCCUCACGGACGUCGGACGUCAUGCAUGCAAAUAAAUAUACGCGCUUGAGAGUAAGAACACAAGUUCCACAGUCACUUUAAAAGAUUUGCUAACCUCGAAAGCCAUUUUCUUAUAUGGAAGAAAAAAGGGGAAGUUAAAGCUCAAUGAUUGGAGCAGCCGUAAAGCUUCCUUAAUUUAAAAGCCUUGUAACUAUGAACAGUAGAGGGCGAAGGAAAAGGUCCAAGGGGUUAGUAAAAAAGGUGCCUUAAGGGAGAUAGGAGGCUCAAAAAAAUGCCAUGUCCUGUUUAACCAUAGAACAAAAAGCGAGGCUGAUUAUACAGUCGGGAAUACAUGUAUAUAUUCCCGACUGUAUAAUCAGCCUUGCUUCUUUUGUUUUAGAUUUUCACUCAUUGCUGAUUAGAUCCUUCAUUAGGAUUCCGAGUCCUUCUUUUUUGUAAGCUGGUCCUUGCUUCAAAAAUUGAUCCUGUUUAACCACAUUCUAAUAAACUGGUUGAAUACAGAAUUGUUCAUAGACUUCAUAAUGUAUUGACGGGUUAUGGGGGGGGGAGUUUACUCCCAUAAAUAACGGAUAGGCUUGUGUCGCCCACGGUCAUAAACGAUGACCAAAUUUAAGGAUAAGACAAACAAAAAUUUGCACCCAAUUUAAGGCCCAAACCCGAAAAAUUACUCCCUCUUCAGGAAAACAAAAACUAACAAUUCAAAUUGCAAUACAUAAACGUUCAUUCAGAAUGGCUAUCAUAAUACUCUUAGGGAUAGAUCCGGCAGUUUAACAGAUGCUUGUUUCUUAUCCAGCUGGGCGUUUAAAACACUUGAAUUUUAGCGGAAGAUACAAUUUAGGUACCCUAGCUAUGGAUCACACCAGGAACAUAAUGUCAACAAGGGCAAAAAUGUUGCCAGGCUAUUUAAGGUUUUAGGCCUUCAAAAACCAUACCCUAUCUAUCCCGUCUAUGGAAGUAUCCCCCACCCGAGUGAUGGGUGUCAGAGCAUUUCAGCUCAACUCGCCUCAGAAACGCUUUGCUAUGUGCCGGCAAAGCCCAGUCUACAUGCCCUUUUUUCAUGCCAUUGAUGAGCUAAAAUCCUAGAGGGCGAAAAUGUUUUGAUGUUGCUUUUGUAUGAGCUUAGGUGCUAGUUUUAAUUCUUUUUAAUGCCGGAUUAUAUCAGAGUGAACUCAUUGCACAACAGUGACAACAAUUAGCCUUUGUCUAAACAUAAUUUUUGAUUGUCAAUAUCAAUUGUUUGCCCUUUAUCCUUCCUUCCCUUGUCCGUAAACUUUUAGUCUUUUGUCCUCCUUGUAUUUAAUAUGGCUGUUAAAUAAGGCAUCUUUAGACUUGAAGGCUUGAACUUUGAGUAAUUCUAGACACUACAAAUUUAAAUCUUUAGAUACACGGUCAGUAAUAAAGGUAUUUAUAAUCCCUUUCUCAGUAGACAUGUCCUUAAUGAUACUCAAAGAACUGUCAAAAAACGACCGAAUUGAAGUUAUAUUACGUGCAAACUUUCGCUUAUAAAGUGAAGGGGCACUUUCCAUAGACAAGGUUUUACAUUCCAUUUUUCACCUUAUUAGCAUUAACACAGAUUAUUGGCAAUAUCAUGUAGGCCAGUUUAUCGUAUUUUGAAAUAACUAUAAUUGAGUAAAUUAAACAUAUUUUGGUGAUGAUCAUUCUACAUGUACGUCGUCAGCAAUAUAUCAUUUCAAUCACGGUUUGGGUAACGAUAUCGUUACACGAGCGAUAAUAUGCAACACAUUUACUUGGAACAACAACGUAACAAAGCGAAUAAACCGAGUUCCUUGCAUACCACAGACUCAGCGCGCACCAGUAGAAAUUAAUGCGCAGGCGCCACCAGCUUAGUUAAGCGACACAUCCCUCAGGUUAAUUUAAGAUCUAGAGAGGGAGAUGAAAGAUUCUUCUGGAAAUAUGUUUUUUUUAGCCAUGCCGUCAGAAUACCUAAUUCUUCGGUGUGUACUACUGAAAUAAUACAGUGUUGCCAGCAAAAUUGAUAUCAUUAUUAUAAUUUAAUUACUAAGGAAGGUGAAAGCAUUUAUCUCUCUGUAUUAAGUUUGGUAUCCUUGCAAUGUGUACGUGACUCCAUUUCUCUUGAUCGUACACUCUGUUUUGCCUGCGUUGGCUUCAGUUGCCCUGAAAUUAACCAGUCCAGAUAAGACUGCGUUCUUUACAUUCCAGAGGAAAGUCAAAAGCUAAAUAAAGUUCCAGAUAAGAAUAUGAAAGAUUCCGUUUGUAUGACGAUCGCUACAUUUAUAGAAUACCUGUCUGAAGGGCAAAUGAAUACGUGCAGUAACUGAAAAGAAGAGUCGCAACCGCAAAAGCACAGUAUGUCCAUUAAAAUUUACAUCGCUGUUUUAUUACUUCCUCGCGUCAGAGCUAAAGUACGUGUACGCGAUAGUCUCACCGACGUUAUGUCCUCAUCUGCCCUAAAACAGGGUCUGGAUGGGGGCGGGGGCAGGGGUGGGGGAGGGGGGUCUGAUCCCGCCGCAUUCCCGGUCCUUUUUUACGAAAAUCCCGUGUCCCGCUUGUUUUCAUCGCUUAGAAAAAUUAAUUUAAAGGCUAAUUAAUGAAAGACGUACAUCGGCCCCUUUAAUUGAUAUAAAUAUUAUACAUGUUUGGAAUUUAUGCACAUCUUAAGGCCAUUGCACAACAGAAAUAGCUUUUCAUUCCUCAAAAUGACGAAAGAGCACGAUAUAACAGCAUGAUAGGUCGUCCUGCACUUGUGCGCUCUGACAUCAAAAAGUAACUAGUACCUUGGAGCAUCACGUUUUCAUGGAUAAGUGAGUCAAACUCGUAGUCAAAAAAGCAUCUUGUGUUCUCAUAAAGGAAAAAUUUCAACGCCAAUACCUGCAUUUGCACUCUAGCAAUCGUGACCUCGGGGUUUUCUCUUAGGCGAUUACUCCUUGUGGUUUUAGCUAACGCUUGGACCUUAAAUACUGCCUCUGGAAUCCCCCAGUUUACAGCUCUUUAUGUUCGUUGCGUAGCGGAAAAUUAAUUAGCGUUGCUUGUGGGGCUAGCCUGUCCAAGAAGUUCAGUUAGUGGAGAGUGGCGUGAGGUAUAGAGAGCAGAGGGAAAAAGAGAGAAAAAGUGGAAGAAAGGAAGAGGGAGAGAGGAGGGUUUCUUCCCCCUCUGACCCUAUCCUCACCCCUUCCAUUUCUUUUGGAGCUCACUUUUCUUUGCGUCGUUUCCUUUAUCUGAACGCUGGAACAGGCUAGGCUUGCUGGCGCUAGAAGACUCGCCUGUGGCCGCAAGAAAGAGGCGCAUCAAAACUAUGAUUGUCUCAUUAAGGGGAGCGGAGCAGGGAUCACUGUUUUGCCAUAUCUAAACUCAGUUAAACGCAUGAAAUGAGAAGUCCUUUAAGAUUUACAAUAAAUUUAAAGAGCUUGGGCAAGUAAGGGCAUCUAGCAUCAAGAGCGCACUUCCCUGGCAUUCAGUUGAAUCAGUGGGGCUUUAAUUAAGGGCAUCAAGAAUCAGUUUCAACUAGAUUAGCCUGUUCCAGGCUCUCAGAUAGGGGGGAAAGACGCGAAAGUGUCGCGCUUUCUCAAUUCCGCGGGCUCAACUAUCUCGGAGCCUGGAACAGGCUACAACUAGAUAAACAUUGACCAGGUCACUCUUUUGUUUGCUUGGCUUGGAGACACCACUGAAUGCUCGCCUGGUUGAUCCGCUUUUCCCACUAGAAAGUACAUUUUAGUUCGUGACGAUUUCCCGAAUUCCCGACGGAAAGCUAAAAAUCCCGCAUCCCCUGUCCAAAUAUUUGUGAAUCCCGCUUCCCGUGUUGCAGUCAAAUCCUGUUUCCCGAUAAAAUAUUUUGCAUUUUUCCGGAUCCCGAAAAUAACCUUCCAGACCCCGUAAAUAGUGCAGGUCGAGAAAGGUAUGCCGUGAAGUUCAUGCCCUACAAACAAGUCACCCGUGAUACAGCGUGUUGCAGACGUUCACCGUUUCAGCUGGUGCAUUCGGAAGGCAAAAAGUAAACUCGAGCCGGAAAACAAACAGAAAAGUCUACCCGAGAAACUAUCCCCGUCCACACGACGAAUACAGACAGGUAGAAACGGCAUUUUUUAGUUCAUUUAAUUCGAACAGGGUUUCAAUCGUGCACACGUGGAACUGGGUAAUCUGGAGAGAGGUCCGGUGAGCGGAUUCACUGGUUUCGUGUGGACGCACACACACACAUACACACACAAACAUAUGCGGUUUCAAAAAACUCCGGAUUCGUGUGAACGGGGCCUAUGCAUCAUUCUAUUAAACACUAACGAUGAUUACUUUUCCUUUAUUGAUCUCAGGCUACCUUUGAUGGACGCGGUCUCCUGUUUCACUUGGAGUGUACAAAGCAAUACAAAACAGCUUACAGAGUUUGGUUUGGACCCACUAAGUCAGCGCUGGUCCUCUGCCAUCCUGAUACAGUGAAACCAUUGCUUCAAAGCACUUUUAAAGAAGAAUCAGUUUGUCGCCUCCUUUCACCAUUUUUAGGUAACAGCAGGAUGCAAAAAUAUACUAAGCUUAGUAGCCUUAAGUCUUUUAAUAUUUUGUCAUUUUGAGCGUCAUUGUAUUAACCCUCGGCCGGGGGAGGGGGGGGUUGCCACUCCCCUAAGGUUUUUCUGAUUUUUUUCCUAGACGAUAAAACAUCAGCACCGGAUGUUUUCUGUAGCUGUUCAUUUAUCCUUCACGCGCAUUUUGAAGUUUAGUGAUGGUCAGUUACUAUGGUUUCGUGAUAUGAUGUCAUAAGUAGCAGGUGGUCAAGCCAUUUUUGAGUCAAAAUGUAUGUUUUUCCAUGCUUGUGGAUAAAAUGAUGUACAGUAAUUAUUUAUAAAAUAUACCUCAUCUUGUAGAGAAGAUCAAAGGCUUCCCACUUAAGGCAAAAUCGUUUUGAAAUACUGCAAAAUAUCAAAAACUAAUUGCUUCAAACUGCAAAAACCGUGGACAAAGAUCCUGCUGGUUGUCAACGUUGGAUCUCUGCAAAAGAGAUCGAAUCAGCUAAAAUAUUAAGAACCAAAAAACGAAAUGACGUUACAGAUAUUAUUUAACAUCUGUAAACCUAAAAAAAGGUGGUAUGGCCAGCCGGAAUGCUAAUAUGUAAAAGCAAUAUGCGUUGUUAAGAUCAGCUUUGCAGUAGUCUUUGGACUUCUCGUUUUUGGGAUAUUAAAAAGGGCUUCGGCAAUUGGUGGUCGUACAAGCGCAUUAGGUCUACAGAAGGAAAUUGACAAGGCAUGCGAAGUCUAGAACAGCAUGAAAUACCGAAAGAUCUCACCAUUAUACGAAGUCGAAAUAGCCGGACUAGUUAUGCGAAGAUAGAUCAUCCUUAGAGGCCCUUCAUCAUCAUCAUCAUCAUCAUCAUCAUCAUUAUUAUUAUUAUUAUUAUUAUUAUUAUUAUUAUCAUUAUUAUUAUUACCUUAACAGUUACUUUUAUCAUUGCAUUUUUUAUUUGUUGUUGUUGUUGUUGUUUCUAGGCCUAGGCCUUGGUCUCCAAAAUGGCGCAAAAUGGAAAAGUACAAGAAAGAUCUUAACACCUGCUUUCCACAUCGAAACAAUCAAAUCCUACAUGAAGGUCUUUCAGCAAUCAGCAGAAGUUCUUUUGGUAAGAACUGCGCAAAUGUAAUCACAAUAUUCCACAACCAUAAUUACAGUGGGUUAUAACAUUCUACCGAUCGAUCUAACUGCUUCCAGGUGUCUUAAAUUCAAAGUGCGUCGCAUUUUCUAAGAAUCUCAAAGAUUUCCACUUUUUCUUGCAAACUUCAACAAAAUUCUUAUACUAGACAUGUGGCGCCAGCGUGUUUCUCCCGUGAUUUGAAAUUUUUUUUAAAUAAAGUAUUGCCUAUCUAUCUACCUACCUAGUAUCUUCAAAGAGAAUGCCCUUUCUGAAUUAGGUUGUAAUGUGGGUAAUUUCUUGAACAUAUUUUCAGGGGAAAUGGUCGUCCUCCCCAGAUGGAGAGAUUGAGCUGUUUCAAGACAUUGGAUUGUUGACGCUGGACUCCAUUUUGAAGUGCGCCUUCAGCUACUGGAGUGAUUGCCAAGUCAAAAGAUAAGUAUCCCUGCCUUUUUCGUAGCGGCCAGCAGAUCUGGAAAAAUAUAAAGGAGCCUUGAGACCUUGGGGUGCAACUACCUCUCUACCAGGCAUCCAGUGAAGAUUUUGGGCUUGUUAUUCAUUGAUUACGCACCUCCAGGAGUAUUAGAGUCCACAGGCGUACACUUUGGAGCACGUGUUUAAGAAAAGAGUGAUACUAAUCGAGCGAGGGCAGCGCAGUGGUGAGAGCACUUGCCUCCCACCAAUGUGGCCGGUGUUCUAUUCCCGGAUUCGACGCCAUAUGUGGGUUUAGUUUGUUGUCGGUUCUCUUCCUUUGCACGGGGAGGUUUUUCUCCGGAUACUCCGGUUUUCCCCUCUACCUAAAAACCAACACUUCCAUAUUCCAGUUCGAUCUGGAACGCGCGGACACGUAUCAGCGAGUUCUUAUAAGAACUCUUAAGUGCUCUGUGGGUAAACAAAUUACAAGUACAAAUACUUAGAAUUUCUAUCCUGCCACUUUACACGCAUGCAAAAAGAAGCUGUUGGACGCCACAAAUUGCGGCAGAUGUUUAUCUCAUUUUUUUUUUCUUCGUCAGCACGCCCGACGCGUUUAUGACCGCGAUUCAUGAAAAUACUCAAGCAAUCAUGGACAGGUUUUCGUAAGUAAUCACUGUGAGCUUAGAUGGGAAGAUCAUCUAAAAAAUACUAAAAACCGAUUAUCAAAAUAUUCGCUCAGUCUAUGUGCACAUCAUUUUUUAUAGUUUUUCGUAAAAAUGUUUCCAUAGACACCCUAACUGUAGCUGCCUCCUACUUCGGUUAAGUUUUUUUCGUCUGAAAUUUCACAUACACUGCCGCCUGACUUUCUAAAAUUUACAGUCAUUUUAUAAACAUUCUAGAAGUAAAGAUAUAAAAAACAUUAUAAAAUGUCUAUGCAAAAAUGAUUCUACAGACAUUUUGUAUUCCGUGUGCAAAAGUAGGGUAGAUUUGCACUCUUAUAAAAAGUCUGUGAAUUCACGAUUUAUGGACAUUUCAUUAUCAGAUUUUCCAGUGAGCCUUGUUGAGCCUCUCUUGGUUCGUGAACGGGAUGUUAUUCCCUUUCUGCAAGUAAAACACUGUAGAACUAAAAGUUUCUUAAGAGUGUCGCUUACUCUUUUCUUUCCUUCCUUUCUUCUUAUUUGUAGAAGUCCAUUGUACCAGUUUGAUUUCAUCUAUAACCUGACUCCUGCAGGAAUAAAUUUCAAACGCAAUUCCAGUAUCGUGGCCCGUAAAGCGGACGAGAUUAUCAGGAAAAGGAAAAAGAAUCUUUCGGAACAGGUAUAUCUUAAAACUCCAUAAAGAUUACUUGAUUUUCCACAAUGCACUUCUUCGCUAAUUGGCCCACUAACUGAAUAGCUGGGGUGAUUGAUGGAUUAUCCCACUAUAGGCCUAAUGAAUGUGUGAAUUGCAUCAACUGAUCAUUUGCCUGUCAUUUGUUGCGUUCAUGUUUUUCAGCCAGAGAGGGAAAAAAUAAGAAGGCAAGAUCAUUUCGACUUCCUUGACGUCUUGCUGGAGGCAAAGGUACGAGUCCAGUAUUUGUCGCCUUUUGUUUGUUUCAGUUUGAAAACCUUGAAUUUACAACCCUCUGAGCUGCCUCUCCUUAGUUUCAAUCUCAAAUGUUUCUCAUCAGGAAAAACUAGUAAGUAUGCGUUGCGAAAAUUAAGGUAAUCUCAUAUAGUCUAACUGUAUGUAAGUACAAUUUAAAAUUAAGAGAUUGAAACCGUGGACGUCGAAAUCCACCUCUCUCUAUCUCUCCGUAGAGGUCUAAAAUUAGAAAUUAACGUUCGUCUAGCAUCAAAAGUUUAUUAUCAUGUUUGCAUUUUCUAGCGCGACAACGAACACAGUUUAACAGACGAGGAGGUUCGAGCAGAGGUCAGAACUUUCAUGUUUGCAGGCCUGGACACAGUCACGAGUGGUAACAAUCUCUUAUUUUAUAAAUAUUUUUCUAUCCUUAAUAAUAAUUUUGCUGGCGUCAACACUUUGCGAAAAUUACAGCAAACAAAAAUUCGCUUGCUUUUACUGUUUUAAAAAUGGCGGGAAACUGGCUGUGGCUGCAAGCCAAGCACUGAUGGCAAAAAACAUAGGCGAGGGGCUAGAGGAAGGAGAAGAUGCUCUGUGAUGAACAAGGCUUUUCUGUGAGAAGUCCACCGUUAGGUCCGAUUCUCUUUCCUUUUCACGUGCAUCAGCCACUUUUUUGGGUGAAUCGGCCACUAGAUGGUUGUGUCGAAGUUCUUUUUAGGUUUCAAAACUAACAAUAGUUUUCAUUUUUUUCCGAGUUAAAACUUGUAAAAUCCUCCAAAACAAAUCGCCUGUCCAAAUGAAUGGGAAAGAGGAAUGGUUUUACUACUACCAAUCUGAAGGGACAUGCUUGUUCUAUUUGAGAUUACAGAUUGGAAGAACAUUGAUAAUUUUUUGUUUUUACAUUUAUUUAUUAUUAUUAUUUGCAGCAAUCUGUUGGAUUUUAUACUGUUUAGCGCUUCAUCCAGAACAUCAGAAAAAGUGCCAAGAAGAAAUUGAUAGCAUAUUUAAACAAAACAAGGAGCUACAGUGGUAAGGCCAAGCACUAUUGAGUAAGCGAAGUUUACGUACAGUCAAGCGCGCAACACAUAAAACUGCAUUUUUUUGCAUCACAGCAAUUUGCAAACAUUUGGAGGAGUAUUGAGGGAUAUUGUACUUUUUCCAACGCCAUGGAACUAAGCUUCUUCAAUACUAUAUAUCAACCGGUAGGCCUGUUGUCCGCCAUAUUUACAAAGCAGUAACCCAUGCAGGAGCUUCACCAUCCCGAUGGCCGAUUGAUUCUUUAUUCUUUAUUCUCGAAAUCUCGACAAAAAUUUUCGCUCAAUUAUCCCAUAAUCCCGACCAUUUUUAUCUUCUUAUCCCAUACUUCCACACAUGAGUUGAUCGAGGAAUUAAGUUCUUUACAGAGGUUCCAGUUUUGACUAAAAUACACUUCUUUAGGAACAUGCCCAGAUUGGUCUUCUUUAGUAUAGGGCUCAAUUCUACUUUUCCAAGUAUCGCCCUUGUCCUUUUAAUAAGACAACCUUUCACAAAGCCCUCCUCCCCCUUCCCCCACCCCUCCGUGAAGAAAGAGUGUUACGAUCAAGUAACAUGGUCAAGAAAGUUAGUGAGGAAAACCUGUCUUAAGCUAAAAUCCCGGUGACAAAAUAACUCGCAAGUCCCGUAUUCCGUAGGAAAGCCUACUGUAGAAGACUUUCUAUGCUGAAUGAAGUGUUGAGUCUCCCGGGAAAGUUAAGAGGAAUGAUUUACUGAGAAUACUUACGUCGAACAGUCAAUUUGAUUAAUCUCGAAAGCUCGAUCGUAAACAGUUUAUAUUUUGUAGGCAUUACUUUAUAAGUGCAAUUUGGUUUUGGAUUAUUUUUUGUAUGGAGUCAUAAAUAUAGAAGGUUACCUUCAAACUUUAAUUUUUUUACUUUUUUUCCUUUGAUAUAGGAAUGACCUGCAGAAUGCCCCAUACUUGAAGUUGUGCAUCAACGAAGCAAUGCGAUUGUACUCGCCUGUUCCUAUAAUCUGCCGUUCAUCGGACAAAAGUUACAAUGUACAAGACAGGACAGUUCCCAAAGGUAUUUUUUAUUCAAUAAUUCUUUAAUCAUUUUAUCUAACCUUUGGCUUUUGAUUACGUAGUUGUAAUUGAUAUUUACGUCGUUGUGUCAAAAUUCAAGCAGAGGUAGCUGCCACCAAAUUGAGUGAAACAUGAAAAUAACCGAUCAAAACGUUAAAAGAAAAGGGAUGGGAAAACUUAAAAACUUGUCUACCUAACAGUUAUUCAAAGUUUAAGAUUUUUAUUGAUUGUAAUGUUUAACACAAUGCUUGGGAGACGUGUUUGUUUGACAAGAAGCUGCGAUUGUGUACAAAGUGAUUCACAAGUGAUUUCUCAAGAUCCUUAGCUAAUAAGAAAGCAAAAUUAGUGUUGAAAACAGGUUAACAAAAACAAUAACCUGGACAACCGUGGCACUGCAGCGCCUUUAAGAACACUCAGUGAUCAUAAUUAAGUUUCAUCGUUCAAAAACAAUUGCCGCGCACAUGCUUCUACCGCAUAAGACUUACAAACUUUUAAAACUCUUUAUCUUGACGUUUAGUUGCUAAAUUACAAGUCUUUAUUUUAAUACUUGGCCGUAAAUUUCCGAAUUAGAAUCUCAGUGAGUAUCUUUUUGUCUUCCUGCAGGUACCUUUUUGUACGUUAAUAUAUUUGCUCUUCAUCGUAACCCUCAUGUCUGGGAAAAUCCUGAGGUAAGAUUACCACGAAAUCAUAACCAAUAACUACAAAGAUCAAAUUUAAAGGAGUUUAGGGCCUAGGAUCGAGGGUUGUCAUAGCCUGUUCUGGGCUCCGAGAUUGUCGGGUCCGCCGAAUUGAGAAAGAGCGAACACGAAAAUAAAAUGGGAAUAAACUGGGGAGAGGAGGAGCCUUACCUUCCUUUUUUCCUUUUUUUCCCGCCCCACCAACUUUUCGCGUGCCUUUUACUUUCGCGUCUUUCCCACUAUCAGAGAGCCUGGAACAGGCUAGGGUUGUCAGGGUUCUAUGUCGAGGGUCGAGUGUCCCGAGGUUUGAGGGUCAAACUAAAGAGAUGUAUCUCGACAACUGAAAGCCAGUGUGGUAAGCCCAAACUGUUGGUUUAUUUUGGGUUCUUCAUAUCAGCGAAUGACAAAUUAAAGGCUUAGUAAUAACAAGACAAUGUAGGUUUGUCACAAGUUCUUGCGCAGAAAAAUAAAAGAUGAGCAAAAUUUAGAGUUUAUCUCAGUUUAAAAUGAACGCGCAAUAACAUUACAACAUUUUUGUUUGUGCUAAUCAACUCGUGAUCAUGACAUUAGGUCAAUUAGCAGUGGUAGUUAUAUCCUUUUGCAUAUUAACCUCAGUUUCACCUUUGCUCGACUGUCCUUCUUGAUGCAAAUUUGCAAAAUUUUAAUGUUUUGGUAUAUAACUGCUCUAAACAGGUGUAUGGAAAUAAGUCAUUUCCUCAUCGGAUACUACGUGUGCAGAAAGAUAAGAACGAGUCAAUAAUAGUUUUUUUCGGUCAGCACUUUAUAUACUCAUUAGAUAACAUCAAAUACAUACAUUUUUUUAGGAGUUUGAUCCGUUAAGAUUUACAGAAGAAAGAUCCAAAGGCAGGCCGUCCCACUCGUUUAUUCCAUUUUCAUCAGGACUAAGGUACUUGUAUAACUUGUAUAACAACUGAGCCGCAAUAAAUCAAAUGUGACUUAUCUUUAUGCGUAGCUAGUUAGUCCAUAUUGUAAGUUAUCUUACUGAAAAAAGUCUCUGUUUUUUUUAGGAAUUGCAUAGGACAGUACUUCGGUAUGGCGGAAAUUAAGAUAACCCUGGCAAUGAUUCUUCAACGGUUAGUCAUUUUUAUUCUCUAGAGAAGGCUUAUGUUAAUGAACUACGGUAAAUGAUCGAUUAAGCGCCACUCUCGAAUAAGCGCCGCACCUAUACCGAAAACAAUUUAAUAAGCGCCGCAGCGGUAGUUUGGGUAUUUACAAAUUAACGCCCCACCUUUUAUACGGUGCUUGAUAUUAAGAGAUGUAAAAACUAUAUCGCUUGAGAAAUAAGAACUCGACCAACUCGUGAGCUCUAAAGUUUUAAUGCAGGGAACCUCUUGAAACCCGGUUCCGGUUCAUGUAACAGUUCCAGGUGUACAUAUUUUAGACUUAACUGUGCAUACCUAGUACCCACCUCCCUUAAUUCUCUCUAUAUUCCCCUCAGUGUUUUACCCGUAGAUGAAAUAAGGGCCGCACCCAUAUCAGGGAAAAUGAAAUAAGCGCCGCGGUGCUUAAUCGAUCAUUUACGGUAAUACCCAAACCAUAGGUUUGCUUACUCUGUAGAAACUGAAGGACCGUUGUCUCUUGGGAAGCGUCGGAAUGAUAGACCGAGAAAGAGGAAAAUUGGGCUCCUAACUCGCAGGCUAUGAGGGCGUGGGUGUGAAAUCUCAGUGUCUCAGCGAUCAUGCGAUUCAGCUCUAUGGUCUCACCGAUGAUCGUAUCAAGUCAUUCAUUUAGCGGCAAGAAUGCGCAGAAACCUCACCAGAAGGCCAUGCGCUUAAGGCCGAUGUUUGCCUUUAGAGGUCGGAAAAGCAAAAGACAUUUGCGCAAGGUCGCCUCAAGGAGCUAUGUCAAAAUAAAACACUGUGAAAUCAAACAAAACUCUGAAAUAAGAGAACACGUACAUUUUGAAUUACUCUUAAAGGGACUGGUUCACGAUAAUGCGCAUGCGCGCCGUUUGUCUCUUCAGAAUAAAUUUGUUGGGUCAACACUAAAUUCGAAAUCGCCAUUACCGGUACAAUCAUUGAAAAUCCUUCGUUUUAUUCGGACAUCCGUCGCUUUGGCUGGUCUAGUUAUACUUCGGUAGUGGUGAUUAACGUGUGGUUUUGUCGUUUGACUGGUUACGUUUUGAGAAGACGCAAAAAAUAAUGUUUUGAUCUUGAAGGUUCAGAAGAGCAUGGUAGCCGUCCGGCAACAGGACGUUCUCAAGAGUUUUUGGAGAUAGAGAAGCUUAGCCUAUCGAUGUGGUAUGGUUCUAGGAGUACUGUGUGGCUUACGAAAAGAAUACACGACACUUGGAAAGUGGUUAAAGGCAUGAGUUCGUUCAACUUUGAUUUGAUUUUUGACUCCGACCUGUAGUUAUACCGCAACAGGCCGCGCGAUCUUCACAGAUCUGGUACACUUGAAAUGUUCCUUGUAUCUUUGCUUUCCGAUCGUAUAUGUUUAAGAGUUGAUAUUUUUAAAAUAAAUUAUUGCCUGAAUAUUCUGUUUAUAAUCUAGUUUCUUUAUUUGUGCUACUCGAUCACAUUUGUUUUGCGGAACACUGAACAGAUGCAACGCGAAUGAAUUUGUUCAUUUGCUAAUAAGCAAUUGAAAUUUAUGCUCAGUUAAGGAUAAUCUUUAUACUCAUACGUUGUGUGUAUUUGUCACCGGGUCAGGCGCUAUUUGUAGGUAUUUCUGGGUUUAUAUAAGGCGAACUGAGAGAACAGUAAUAAGAUGUUUGUUUACAAAUUCUGUUUGCCGAUCGGUGACUGCUUUGUUAGCGUGGGUACGACCUCGUAAAAAUACACGUUGGUAAAUGUUUGUUUCAAAGCAGGACAGGGCUGUAAAUCUUAUUCUUAUCGGCUGCAACAUAUAUCUGAGGAGUAGCAAAGAAUAAACUUGAAUUAUGGGGAUAAAUAAAAUCAAACCAAAUGCCCGGAAAUACUCUCGCGUCGCGAACAAUUAAUUUGAAUUUUGUAAAUUUACUUGCGUGCAUCUAACUCGCUUCCGAUUGGUUGAAAAACAAUCAGCUACUGUCAGAACUUACACAUGCGCAUUAUCGUGAACCAGUCCCUUUAAACGUAAAGGGUUGCCUUUCGAUGACCAGGAUGAAGAUGGAUUAUAACUUGAAAAACUGAAGCCAACCUUUUCGAAUUAAACUAGAACUAUGUCGUAAAAUGACCAAAAACUGAUCAUACUUUGUUUUCCCUUUGAUGGAAUUAUUUGAUAGACUAAAUUUUACACAAGAUGACUGAGAAUACUUAGUUAUAAUUUCAGCUUUGCUUUUAUAAAAAGAAUACCCCUCUUUUUCCGUUGAUUCGAUAUGCAAGUGUAACACCCAAAUUAUUCUAUAUUUAUUUAUCCUCUGCUAUUUCAACGUACUUCACAGAUUUAACCUCAAAGUCAGACCAGACCAAGUUGUCCCAAUGGAGGAUUUGCUCACUGUACUCAUGUUGCGAAGCAAAACUGGGUUGCGCAUUAACAUUCAUCCACGAAAGUCUGAUGUUUGGCACGACGAAAACGAUAAUUGCACGCAUAUAGAACUAGAAAAUCACUGCUGAGCAAGGCUGCAGAUAGUGAAAGAAAUAUUAAAUUAAGAAAUAUUAUUGAGAAUUUGAAUGUACUGUAUUUAAGUUAUUUUUAAGGUCCGCGUUUGGACGUAUCAUUUAAGAUUGCCUGACAUAAUCCGGAUUAAGGCCGCUAUUAUUAUUUUUAUUGCAAUGCAGCAUAAACAAAGCGUUGCCAAUUUAGUGGUGCAAUGAAAAGACGUAUCGUCUAUCAUGUGGUCAGUAUUUUAACUUCUAUAUCUGAAGUUCUCACUUCGUCACUUCAAUUAUCUGUUUUUGAUGACGACCGGUGUUUAACAGUCGGUUUGAAAUCACUACUAAACAUCUUUUAAACGGAAGCAAAGAAUCCCAAAGCUACGUUCACGAAUUUUCGAUUGGCUGAAAAAUUUGACCGGACACUUUGUUCACACUGGAUCGUUCAAUAUUUUCGCGCUGUUCACACGAAAAUCUAAACGACUAGGCGUCAAAAUGUUCGUAUGGUUAGGGUGGUUGCCGGCGUGUGAACACCUAAGCGUACGAAUUUUCAACCGGUUAAAAGUUCGCCCAGUGUCGUGUGAACGUGGCCUCAAUGAACGCCGUCAGACGAAUGGAUUUGAGGUAAACGCAUAGAUGAAGCCAGAGGUAAGGGUGGGGGAGAACUAACGCCAUUAAGUGAUGAUUAGUUCACAUUUCAUUCACAUAAACUGGCCAUGGUUAACUGGUUAAAGUUCGACAAUAACUGAAGAGAAGCAACUCGCAAAAACGUUAUUUUAUUUUCGUGACCUUUAUUAGGUUGUUUAUUUUAGAGAAUGCAGCAGGCAAAUGAAUAUGUAAAGACAAAAAAGUAGUAACAGAG